UUGCGUCAUCAGUGCGCGCCGUCGCGCUGCGCGGGGGUGUUAGCAUGUCGGCUAAGCGGCGCUGUGGAGAUCAAAGCGCGGGAAAAUGCGGGAAAAAGGAGAAACGGGCCGAACCCGCCGUGAUUAACCCGGACCUGCAGAACCCGCGGAUCAGAACCGCGCUGAGAGAAGCCUGGAGAACCAGCAGCCGCUGCUCACACGGUAGUGUGGAGCUGGACUGUGAGCCGUUUCUUCACUGUAAGAUCAGUAAUUUUGUUCAGAAUCAGAGUUUUGUUCAAGGUCUGCAGGAGGAGCUGCUUCAGCUUAACUUCAACAGCAAGUCCAACGACCUGUACAAGUUCCUGCAGUCUGAUGAUCUGAAGAAAAGAAAAGAGCAUCACAUUUCUGAGAUACGGUCUCUGUUGUUUCAGCAGUUCCGUGGUUGGCUGGAGGAGGUGGUGGGUGUGGGUCUGGAGGCGACGGUGGAUCUGUCCUGUGCUAAAUAUGAACAGACUGACGUGCUGCUGUGUCACGAUGAUGAGCUGGAGGGGCGGAGAGUUGCCUUCAUCCUCUACCUGCUGCCGCCCUGGAACUCCAGUGACGGGGGAACACUCGACCUCUACUCCACUGACGAGCAUCAGCAGCCGGUAGGAGUGGUGAAGUCUCUGGUGCCCUGCUGGAACACACUGCUGUUUUUUGAAGUGUCUCCUGUCUCCUUCCAUCAGGUGUCGGAGGUUGUAUCUGAGGGAAAGUGCCGCUUGUCUCUGAGUGGUUGGUUCCAUGGCCCCUCCCUCCCGAGACCCCCGCGCUACAUCGAGGCCCCGCCCCCUCGCCGCCCCCACCUCCCCCGAGACGAGGAGGUGUUAUUUGAGUGGGUGAAUGAGACCUAUAUGGACCCGUUAUUUCAGGCACAAGUUCAGCAGGAGUUUGAGGACAAUUCUGAAAUCCGCCUUCCGAACUUCUUACAGGAAGAGAAGUUUAAACAGGUCAGUGAAGCGCUACGAUUGGCUGAAGUUCAGUGGGAGAGGAGAGGCCCGCCCAAUAAACGGUGUUAUUCCCGGCUGCAGGUGGGCAGUAUGGAGGUGUGUGUGAGGGAAUGCUGGGAUUUGUUCUCCUCUGAGCCGUUCUUCCUCCUGCUCUCCAACCUGACCGGCCUCGCCCUGCACCACCUCGCCCCGCAGGACCCGCAGAGCGACGGGUCGGACAGGGAGACAGCAGAGGAGGAGGGAGACGACCCGGCGGGACAGGGACCGAGCACAUCUUCACCUCAGAAAAAAAACAAAGGCCCUCCGGUGUGUGUAGGUGAGCUGCGGCGCUGGAGUCAUGGUGAUUACACACUACUGCACGAUUCUGUUCAGAGGGAAUUUGCUCUGGAUCUGCUGCUUCAUCUGGGCUGCAAAGGUUGGAAGGCGGAGUUUGGAGGUUUUACCUCGUAUAUUGCUCAUGAUGAAGAUGAAGAGCUCCUGACGGUGUAUCCGGAGGAGAACUCGCUGGCUCUGGUUUAUAGAGAUAAAGAGACUCUGAAAUUUGUUAAACACGUGAACGUCAGCAGCGCCGCCCAGCGGCCGGACCAGACCGACCCCGCCUUCUACGAUUUCUCCUUCACCUACUACGAGUGAAGCUGAUUGGCUGUUUCUGUGGGAAACAUAAUAAAACGGGUUCUCACACAGA